AUCAAUAAAAUAUAUUUUGGAGUGCUAAAAUAUGACCAAACCCCUUGACACCAAUUUAUUGUUGCAUGCGCCACACAUAGCAAUAUGCAUAUAUGGUAGUUUAGUAAUAGGCAGAUUUUGGAUUGUUAAGCGAUCCGAGUUAGAAUGAAUUUCAUUACAUUCUAUUAUAUAGUCACACAGAUAUAGUUUUAUUGUUUGAGACCCAUUUGAUUAUUGUUUGAGACCCAUUUGAUUACUCAGAGAGAGGGUCAAUUCGUGGAUUACAUUCAUUUUGGAGAUUAGUUUGGUCCUUCAAUAGGUCUGAGAUACAUUAAGUUAAUAAAAAAACAUAUAUACAAUGAAAAUCAGUUGUGCGUAUCACUACAGGUUGCAAGGCUCUUGAUGAUCUCUUAGGAGGUGGAAUUGAAACCUCAGCUAUCACAGAGGCUUCUGGGGGAUUCAGGUCUGGGAAAACUCAGUUAGCACAUACCCUUUGUGUCACUACGCAGCUGCCUAAAAACAUGAAAGGAGGGAACGGAAAAGUGGCUUACAUCGACACUGAAGGAACCUUCCGCCCUGAUCGAAUUGUCCCAAUUGCUGAAAGAUUUGGAAUGGAUCCAGGAGCUGUGCUUGACAAUAUCAUCUAUGAGCACCAGUACAACUUGCUUCUUGGCCUUGCUGAAAAAAUGUCUGAGGAACCAUUUAAGAUUCUGAUUAUCGACUCGAUCAUAGCUUUAUUCCGAGUUGAUUUCACUGGGAGAGGGGAAUUAGCCGACCGCCAGCAAAGACUAUGUCAGAUGCUCUCCAGGAUAACCAAAAUCGCAGAGGAGUUCAAUGUUGCCGUCUACAUGACCAACCAAGUCAUACCCGAUCCAGUCUUUGGAAUGUUCAUAUCAUAUCCAAAGAAGCCAGUAGGUGGGCAUGUUCUUGCUCAUGCUGUAACCAUCAGGCUCAGUUUCAUGAAAGGCAAAGGAGAGCAACGUGUAUGCAAAGUCUUUGACGCACCAAAUCUGCCUGAAGCCGAAGCUAUCUUCCAGAUUACUUCCAGAGGCGUUGCAGAUGCCAAAGACUAGAGCCGGCCUAGAGGAGUUCUUUAUGUCUUGUUACUUAUUAUGCCUGUUUUCUUUCUACUAUGAGUAGCCAUAUUUUACCCAACUUGGGAAGUUAUUUUUCUUGCCAUGACUUAUUAUUAGCUUCUUAUUAUCAAAUACAAGCUGCAAAUGCACUUGAAUCAGAAGUUUGUCUUUUCUUCGUA